AUGGGAAGACUUUCUGGUUUUCAAACAUUCCUAGGUUGGGGUUUGGAAGCGGCAACAUCUUUUUCGGACGGCGACAACACGAAAAGUGAGUUGGAUGAGAGUUAUUCUGACUGGGACAGCUCAACUACGGUCGAAAAGUCCCAGUCGAGCGAGUUUUUACGAUCGAGUCGAGGCUUCCACAUUUCUCAUUGGCCCGAAACAGGAAAUCUGCCAGCUGAGCGCACUGCUUUUCCGGGCGUGGACACUCAAUCACAGUUGAAGGGUAACAUUGAAUGGUUUGAAGAUGUUCGAAAUUUUAGAGGUAGUGGUUCCCGUACAGAAGGAAACGCAGAAACAUUCAUGUGGCAGCUGGAAUGGAAAAUGGUCGACUUUCCAGAUAGUCAAGCGAGGGCACGAAUAUGGAUAAAAAACAGCCCUCGUCUUACCCUUAACCCGGCUGCACCUACAUUCGUACCGUCGGGAACAUCCAAUCUUCAUGAAGUUCUUCCGUUAUUUGGUGAGCAAGACUCUUUGCACCAGCAUCAACAAUACUAUCCUUGGCAAAACCAAACUUCUUCUCACCCCCGCUUCCGAGCCUUCUCCUCUCAGAGAGCAACAAAGGACGAAUCUUUCAGCCACCAUGAUGGUUACAUGACAUCUUUAGAGUACCUGCCUGGAAUGGGCUGGCCGCCACUCCAACCACUUCGCAUCCCCAAGCAUCGGAAAAAACGAUAUCCUGCUUCGCAUGGUCGAGUUUGUCGACAACUCAUUCCACGGAACCAACUGGAAGGGUUGCGGAUUUCAUGUGAGCAGAUAUUUUCAGCAGAAUACCACAGGAAGGGACGAUAUUAUAGCGAGGAAAGUGACAAGGAACAGGCAAAGGAGGAUUUGUGA